AUGGCAGCCAAUCUAGGACAAGCAUUCUUAGGAGCAGCUGGGAUGGUUCCCACUUUAGUUCAGGAGCUGGCCGCUGGCAACUUCCAUGAAAACCGAGAGACUUUCCACGACUACAUUUACUCCAAACUCAUCCUUGGAGAUGAUAAAAGCAACGUUCCUGGCAUCUCCAGUCCAAACCCGCCAGUUUUUCCAAACACCAACCUGGCCAGCAGCUAUCCUAACCAGCUGCCGAUAACCAACACUUUGUAUGGUCCUGGAUCCAGUGAUAAUAAUCGUAAUUCAAUAGACAGUAGUGGUGGUGGUUCUAAUGUCAGCGGAGGUAAAGCUUUCAAUUCCUCUUUGACCAAAAAUCCAAGUUCUCAAAAAUCUGGCAGUUUAAAAAAGAAGCCAUCUCAAUCACUGCAAAAUUUAACUCGUGUUGGUGCCACCCCAACUAGUGAGGAUCUGAUGAAAGAGGUGAAAAAAAGUCACCACAAAAAGAAAGAAAAGACAAAUGUGUGUGAUGUUUGUGGACGGGGAUUUGCAGAAAAGUACACUCUGAACCGCCAUAUGUUAACCCACACUCACGUAAGACCGUAUUCUUGUACCAAAUGCAACAUGUCUUUUUCCCGCUCGGAUGGUCUGGCGAAACACAUGACAACCCCGCACCGGCGAAUUGAUGCUCAUCAUUGCGAUGUUUGUAGUGGGACUUUCAACAGCGAAGUCUCCUUCGAGCAGCAUCGACGUGAAUACGGCAACACCUUACCAUUUGUUUGUAAUCUCUGUAUGCUGGCUUUCUCCCAGUGCUGUCACCUCAAUUACCACAUGAAGACCCACGCGCUCUCCAAGAUGAAUGACAGCUUGGCACAUGAGGAUUUAGACGACAAAAAUAAUGCUAUUGAUGUGUCCGAGCUUAUUCCUGAAGAUUUCAGCCCAACCAAAAAAGAAAGUGCCAAAAGUCCAGUUGGUCGACACUUUUUGAGUCCGCCGAAAAUGACGAUCGGUCAUGCAGACAGAAAGAAUGAUAAUUCUCUGGGGGUUCUUGACCCUAGUAUUGUCGUAAAGCCGGAAGUGGAGGAGUAUAUUGCUUGUCAAGCUGGUAAUCAGACAUCUAGAAACAGUACGGAUCAAAGUUUGAAUUUAGUUCAUUCGUCAUUUAAUUCACCAAAUAAUUUUUCUUCGAUGGCGUCAUCAUCCAACACUUCUCAGGAAGGGAAAUAUAGUCAGGCAAGCCAACCUGGCAAUCAUUUGACACCAAGUAAUGCUGUAUCAGCGACUGAAUAUUUACCGGAAACAAUCAGCCGGCUUAAUUCCACCAGUCCUGGUGAAGCGGUUUCAAUCUCUGACACUGAUAUGAAGAAAUAUAUGGACAUCAAAAUACCAAAUCCUCGGUUUCAUGAUAGUUCACUUCUUCAAGGAAGCAGUUUGAGUGAGGAUGGCUUGUUCAGGUGUGAGAUAUGCGGGAAAGGCUUCACCAGAAAGUAUCAUAUGCAGCGUCACGUCAAGCUGCACAUUCGAGGCCCAGUGCCCAAAGCCCACUUGCUUGACUGGACGCGCCGGCCUUAUGCCUGCGGCGUCUGUAAGAUGGGCUUCACCCGGCAGCACCAUCUGACGCGACACAUGUUGAUACACACAGGUGAACGACCUCAUUCCUGUCACGAAUGCGGGAAAGCUUUCCGCCGCUUCACCAACCUGACUUUGCAUGUUCGGACGGUGCAUGGGUCAGAGCGGCCAUUUAAAUGUCACAUUUGUGGUCGUGGUUUUCCACGACUCUAUAGCCUGCAACGACACCUUAAGCUUCACGCUAAGAGUAGCCCAGAUUUAGCUCCGGACAGCGCUGAUCUUUUGUAUGAAGGGUUUAAACAUGUCGGUGAGGUUCACUAUAAAGAUGGGAAAUUCCCAUAUCCGGUUGAUCUAAACAACACCCAGCGGUCGCCCAGUCAGGAGUCAAUUUCUUCGGAACACACAGAUGAUAGUGACAGAUUUGAUCCCGAGUCUAGUGGACAUGAAGAUAGUAUGGACCCCAUCGACCCAGGCAGAAGUAGCAGUCCGGUCACAAACAGAUAUACCCUUUUACGAAAUGACAGCGGCGAGGCAGGAUUCCAUUCGGAUGGCGGGCGUCGUGGCCUUAGCAAGGAUCAGGACGUGGGCUCAGAUUCAAAGCAAACUGAUGACUGGGUAGGUCUGCAGGUCAAGUUAUCUCCAGACUCAAAUGGUCAGUUCCAGAAUAAAGUUUCCAAGUCUGAUAUGGGUAAUGCACUUAGACAGAACUCCGUUCCAGCUUCCGAUGAACUUAACCCAUUAGCAGGGCCAGACAGUGAACCUUUGCGAAGGCAGGGUCAGUUGCCAGCAAAGCCUGUGUGUGACUACAACCGGCAGUCAUCACUGCACAGCUCCAUCGGGGAAAGGUUCGUCCCUGUUAAGACUAUGUUAACUCCGAAUGUGAGGACUCGUGAUUUUUCUGGAGGUGGAAACUUCAAUGAUUUGGCCAUUAGAGGCACAAGCAGCUUCUCCUUGAGCCAGAGAUCUGAUGAUGAUGAUGAUUUUAGUCUUAGACAACAGAGGAUUCAAAGUCCGCAUCCAUCGUUGAACAUAGAACGACCGGGAGGCCAAAGCACAGUAAAUCAGGCAGGUGGGUCAGACACUGUUAUUCAUACGCAGUCCGGAUAUAUCCACUCACCAACAGCACUGCUGCCUCAACGAGCCGGCAUGGAUCUCACUGACAGCCAGAACAUAGAGAUGCAGGAACCGGGAGUUUAUUCCCAUAGUCUUCACAACAUAGAUAUGGGAAGUGGGAGGAGUGGGAUUAAAGAGCCUAACAUGUACUCCAUUGGGCAUAUGCAGUUGCCUAGGAUUAUUGGUGGGAUGUACCAACAACAGUUGACAGGUGGCCUUAACCACUCGGAGGUGCGUCCGGACCCCAGCACUAGUCCAAGGGCUGACAGCUCACGAGGCAACAACAUGCAGUACUAG